AUGGCGUCAGCAGCAGAAGCAGCAGCAGAGUCUCGCAGAAGCAAUGCAGCAUCAGCAGCAACAGCAGCAGCAGCAGCAGCAGCAACUGCAGCAGCACCAGCAACUGCACCAGCAGCAGGAUGUGAAGAAGAAAUUUCUUCCUUGUUAUUUGUUUUGGUGUUCGCCAAUGGAUUUGCUGUUGCUGCAUACCCCGACAUGCUGCUGCUGCUGCACCCAGAGCGCUUUUGCUGCUCUGUGCUGCUGCUGCAGCAGCAGCAGCAAGCAGCUGACGCUGCAGGAGUCCCCCCUUGGGGGAGACUGCAGCACUUCCCAAGUGCUUAUUGUGUUGCUGCUGCCGCAGCAGCAGCGGCUCCUGCUGCUGCAGCAGCAGCAGUUAAUGAAGCAGCAGAUAUCAGGCGCUGCUUCUCCCUUAGGCCGCUGCUGAACACAAAUCUGCUGCUGCAGCUUCAGCAGCGGCCAGGCAGUUUGACCUUGCAGCAGCAGCAGCAGCUGCAGCAGCAGCAGAAGCAGGUGAGGGGCGAGGGCAGCAGCAAAUACUGCUUGCGGAAGGGCCUCCCCAGCCCUCCGCUGUGGCUUCCAGCGUCAGUUUUGCUGCAGCUGCUGCUGCUGCUGCAGCAAGCAGCAGAAACAUCGCUUCAGCAGCAGCGCAGUGGCCAGUGGUUAGGAAGCAGCGGCAGCAGCAUACUGCGGCAGCAGCAGCAGCAGCAGCUAACCAAGGCUCUAAGCCAAGUUGCCGCAGCAGCAAACAUGCUGCAGCAGCUGCAGCCUCAAGUCCAUGUGGAUCCAAAUACAGGGGCGCUGAUAAUCAGCAGCAGCAGCAGCAGCAGCAACAGAGAUGGGUCGUGUGGCACACAAAGAUGGCCACAGCAGCAACAGCAGCAGCAGCAACAGCAGCAGCAGCGGCUCCACUGGGAACAGAAAUAUUCGCUGCAGCUCUGCUGCAGUGGGCAGCUCUGUGUGCUGCAGUGGCCUGCUGCUGCCCCAGAGCAGCGAGCUGUGAGUGUGUCCCCAGUGCAGCAGCAGCAGCAGCACAGCAGCAGCAGCAGCAGCAGCAGUAGCUUGCAGGGGGGCAGCGCCGUAGCAGCAGCAGCAGCAGCAGCAGCAGCGGCAGCUAGCGACUACGCAGCGGCGGGAGGUCCUCCUCACCACACUAGAGCAAGCAAAGGAGGCACAAGCCAAACUCCACCAUCAUCAGCAGCAGCAGCAGCAGAAACAGCAGCAGCAGCAGGGGCAACAGCAGCAGCAGCAGCAGCAGCAGGAGCUCUGGUCACUUCAGGGUCGGGCCCCGGAAGUGACCCUGUAAGGGGCUGGGCGGGAGGCGAGUUUGUGGGUGCAGCAGACACGCCGGCAGCAACAGCAGCAGCAGCAGCAGCAAGAGCAGCAGCAAUAGGUAAAUUAUCUGGGCGAGGGACGCUGCCUAUGUUAGGGCAGGAAGCAAAAGAUAUGAAAUGCAUUUACUGCUGCAGAACAGCAGCAGACCUUUCGCUGCCGCUGCAGCUGCUGCAGCUGCUGCAGCCCUCGGCUCAAGGAGCAGCAGCAGCAGCAGCAGCAGUCACCCACAGCGUCUGCAGCCCGGCAGCAGCAGCAGUAGCAGCACAUCAAGCAGCAGGAGGCACAGCCGGCGCAGCAGCAGCAGCAGCAGCCGCUGCUGCUGCUGCUGCUGCUGCAUCCCCCUGGGGGUUCAGCAGCAGCCUGGAGUCUCUUUUGUUUGCUGCUGAGCUGCCUGCCGUGUCUGGGGACUGCAGCAAUCCGCUUUUUUUGUUUCUUCCUGGCCUAGGCCUUGUGUUUGCUGCUGAAGGCCACGCUGCUGCUGCUGCUGCUGCUGCUGCUGUGGCUGUGGUUGCGGCUCCCGGAGCCCUGACCCUCCCCGGCCUCUGUGCUGCUAUUGCUGCCGACUGCACGCCUGCAACAGCAGCAGCAGCUACAGCAAGAAAUGCAAAAGCAGCAGCAGCAGCAAGAGCAGCAGCAAGAAAUGCAGCAGCAGCAGCAGCAGCAGCAGAUUCGGAGAAGACGGGGAGCAGCAGCCGCCAGCGAGCCCAAGGCGCGGAGCUGUGGGUGCCUCUUAGAGCCUGGCCUUUGCCUCUCGGCGUUAGCCUUAGCAGCAGCAGCAGCAGCAGCAGCAGCAGCAGCAGCAGCAGCACCUCCUGCGGACGCAGCUUCUGCUGGCAGCAGAUUGACGCGAGAGGCUCUCCGAAGCAUGCUGCAGCAGCUGUGGCAGCAACAGAGGCUGCUGCAAGUGCUGAUGACCUUGCUGCUGCAGCAGAAGUGGCUCGCACCGCAGCAGCAGCAGCAGAAGUCGCAGUGCAGGCAUUUGUAGCUUUGCUGCACCGCAGCAACGCAAAGGAAACCCCGAGCUUGCAGCAGCAGCAGCAACAGCAGCAACUGCAGCGGUUGGCAGCGGCAUGUGGAGGGCAUAAAAAUCUGCAGCAGCAGCAGCAGCAGCUUCCCCAAAGCAAACCCCCAGCUGAAGGCCCCACGUUUCUCAACAGCUUUUCCUGCGGGCCAUGUGGCUGCCUGCAGGUGUACCUGUGCAUGCAGCAGCAGCAGCAGCAGCAGCAGCAGCAGCAGGCAGCUUGUGGCUUGUGGGGUGACCAGUGGUCACGUUGA